ACCAUCCCGGUGCCGCCUCCUCUGCUCUGCGGAUUUGAUCGUACCCCGCUGGGCCCAGCAGUCAUGCCAGACACACCAGUGGAGGACUCCCUCUUCCAAAUCAUACACUGCUUCCACCAUUAUGCAUCCCGGGAAGGGGACAUGGAGACCUUGUCCCUGGAGGAGUUGAAAGCCCUGCUCCUGGAUAGUGUGCCUCGCUUCAUGAACACCUUGGGUCGCAGACAGUCAUACUACAUCACAGAGCUGUUCCGGGCGGCUGACAAAAACAAGGACAACCAGAUCUGCUUUGAUGAGUUCCUGUACAUCUUGGGCAAACUGGUGAAGGACUAUCACCUGCAGUUCCACCGGCAGCUGUGCGCACACUACUGUGCCCAGCACAGCCUCUACUAGAGGGAGGACAGGCCGCCCAUCACCACUGGAGUCUGUCCCGGGAGGCGUGGCCUGACGAUGAGCGGCUACAGAGCUCAGCCACGUAUUUCUUCUUAUGUGUGCACACAUGUGUGCAAAUAACAUCGCAAAUAAUUCUGGGCAGCACUCAGGGCAUGGUUAUGAGU